AUGGCGGAUUGGGGACCAGUGGUAAUAGCUGUGGUUCUGUUUGUGGUUCUGUCACCAGGAGUUUUAUUCCAGUUACCAGGAAAGAGCAGAGUGGUGGAAUUCGUCAACAUGCAAACUAGUGGCGUCUCUGUACUUGUCCAUACCAUAAUCUUUUUUGGUCUCAUCACCAUUUUCCUUAUCGCCAUUGGUGUACACAUUACUACUGGAUAA